GGCCUAUCCGUCCAAGCCGAGCUCCCCUCGACGCCGAUGCGCUACUCGCUGCAUCGCGCGGCGGUGACGCCCGCGGCGUUCCGGGCGCCCGUCGUCGAGCCUGCGUCCCCGGCGUCGUCGUCGGAGAUGUCGCCGGUGGGAAGGCAGAUGAUGGAGCAGGUGCGGAUGCAGAGGCAGCGGAAUAGGGAGUUUGAGAGGAGCAGGGCGCCGAGGCUGGCGGUUUAGAUGCCCUUCCGCCCUGCGUUUCCUCGACGCUUUCUUCUGCUCCUGUCCUUGCCCCUGCCUUCCAAUCCUGCCAACCCAUAUUACCGCGUCUUUUCCUUACUCCUCCAAAUCGACAAUUUGCAUGUACGAUCUUUAGACGAUCAGGUGUUGCCUAUACCCUUUCCCCUGUACUACCGCGUUCUCGAUCUCCUGGACCCUGCCUUUGCGUCACCUUGUUAUCAAUGCUCUGCACCCUCUGGACUUCCAACCACACACGUUUUGCGCAACCCAAUGGACCUUCCCUCAAUUCCGAACUCCCUGCAUACAUACGCUUCUCGCGCCGUAUAACGCAUCCGUCCCGUGCACCUGCACUGGUACCGUACGCCUUACUUCGUGUUUGCGUCGUGCCUUCAUCGUACACUGUUUUCUAACAACUGCAAGUACAAGCUUCCCUAGCACCUCGAUGCUCUCUCCAUGCCCUCCUAUGCACAAUUUUCUCCUUCAUCUCUCUUGUUUAUGUUCCAAGUCGGUCGACGCUGUCUGGCUUUGUGUAGACAUUACUGGUAUCUUGUCUCGCAUAUAUGGUGUCUAAAGUUCUGUUAUUUCAAUGGCAUAUUUAUC